AUGAAGUUUGUCGUCGUUUUAAGAUUUCUUGGAUUUAUUUGUGUGAUUCACCUCUCAGAAGCAUUUAACUGGACAGUGCAAACUGACAAUCCCACACUGGUAAUAAAAGGAGAGGACAAGUCACUUAUAUGGGAGUUCACUCUAACUGCUGAUGAACAGGCCAAGAAAGAUCUUUUUUAUUUUGUGAAAUGGCGCAAGUUUAAUCAAUCAAGGCUAGAGUAUGACUUGGUCGGUGCGAAGACCUUUGUGAAAGCUUUUGGCUCAACUGCUUAUGAUGAACCCAUGGCACCACAUAUUAAGGUUGAUAGAAAUCGCCAAGCCACAUUACUCAUCAACAAUGUAAGGAAAGAAGAUGAAGGAACAUACAAGAUUGAGUACAGUGUACAACUGGAUGCAACAUUACUGGCUUAUCAGGAAUUUAAUAUAACAGUUUCAGAACCCCCUGAAAUUGUUAAUGUGACUGGUGACCAAUAUGUUUGUGAGGGUUCUAUGGUAACUUUGAGUUGCAACGCAACUGGUAAACCAAUACCAAGUAUUACUUGGACAAGAGUGUGGAAAAAUGGUGCUGACAGUGGAGAGCUACCAUCUAUGGAUGGGAUUUAUGUCAUCAGUAAUACUAGCAGAAGCUCAAAUGGAACAUACCGCUGUACAGCAUCCAAUGGAGCUGGGACUCCUGUGAAUCAGUCAACAGAGGUGAUUGUAGAAUAUUCUUCUUCUGUGGACAGUGUAGUUAAAUCUUCUAAUGCUGCGAUUGAAGGUCAUCCAUAUAGCCUGGGUUGUGAGGUAUCUGGGAAUCCUGUGCCAAGUGUUUCUUGGAUCAAAGUCAGCAAUGAUGAGCAUCGUAUUGGGAAGAUAUUAAAUUUCACUAACAUCAGCAGAAAUGAUGCUGAAAUGUACACAUGUGAAGCAAGUAAUAGAUGUGGAAAUGACUCUAAGACUGAAUCUAUCAACGUAUUCACAUGCUUUUUUAAUCGUAGGACUUGCGAAGAUGAAAGAGGUGUUUACGACAAUGAACUAGAAUUGGGAGAUAUCGAACCAAGUCAGCCCGAUUCAGAAAACCUCAGACAGCCGUCUACAGAAUACAUGGAUCUCAUAGUCAGUGAAGAUAAUAGAAAAGCACAAACUGCUGGUUCAGGUGCCGAUUACGCGCCUCUACAUCCAUUAACACGCUCCUGGGAAGUUCCAAGACGUCACGUGAACAUAGAAAAAAUCAUUGGUAAAGGUGCAUUUGGUCAGGUUGCUAAGGGAACAGCAGUAGGACUUCGAGGGAGUCCUGAAACGACCACAGUGGCUAUAAAGAUGCUUAAAACAAACGCUGCUGAAUCGGACAAGAGAGAUUUGAUGAAAGAACUUGACACAAUGAAGCAGCUGAAACCACAUCCUUACGUCAUCAAACUUCUGGGAUGUGUUACAGAAUCUGAGCCGCUGUUGGUUUUGAUUGAAUAUGUGCCUUUUGGGGAUCUGCUGGGUUACCUUAGAAAGAGCCGUGGAUUAAAAGACACUUACUAUAAAGACCCGGAUAUCAAACCGCAAACAAAUCUGACGUCACAGCAGCUGAUGAAAUUUGCUUGGCAAAUUGCCGAUGGAAUGAGUUACUUGUCUUCAAAAUUUAUCAUCCACCGAGACCUUGCAGCCCGUAAUGUGUUGGUAGGACAAAAUGAAACAUGUAAAGUAACAGAUUUUGGGAUGGCCAGAGAUGUGCAGCAGGAAAAUAUUUAUGAACGAAAAACAAAGGGUCGUCUUCCAGUGAAGUGGACAGCUUAUGAAGCGUUGUUGUAUGGUAAAUAUACUACCAAAAGUGACGUAUGGAGCUAUGGAGUUGUCCUUUACGAGAUUUUCACCAUAGGCGGUUCGCCUUAUCCAAUGAUGGAUGGAAGAAAAAUUGCAAACUUACUUCAACAAGGAUACAGAAUGCCUAAACCACAACACGUGGAUGAUAAGUUGUACCAGAUCAUGACGAGCUGCUGGCAAAAUGACCCGGAUGCGAGACCAACAUUCAUUGAUUUAAGAAAUCAGCUGAAAGACAUUGAAACCCUGCACAAGAGGCUGAUCAACAUGAAAAUGUACGACAAGCAGUUGUAUGCAAACGUCGAGGAUUUACUAGUGUAGUCGAGCAUAUGUCUUCAUUGUUUAAUUGACUGUUAGAAUGCCUUGUCACAAUUGUUUAAGGGAUUAUUCUCUAUGCGCAAAAAGCUUGCAAGGUUGUAGAGGUCAAUUUGUAUUUGUAAUUUUGGUUCAAAGCCUAUUCAUUUUCAAUAACUUCCAUUUGAAGUAAAAUAUCAUCAUAAGUAGCGCUUUCCCAGUCAUUAUAUACUCUUUCUUUAUUCCUUAACAUAUGAAGUACAGUAGACAUGCUCGCUUUAAAAUAUUGCGCCUCAGGUUCCCUACCCAGCUCCAU